GAUUUUUACCGCCGGAAGAAUCAUGCAUAAAUCGCGUAAUUAUAAAAAGAAAAACCACCGGAACAGCACAAACACGGGCAAAAACAAAAAGCUUGCAGAACAGGUGGCCGAUCUGGCUAUCGGAUCUUCGGACAGUAGUUCUGAUGAAGAAAAGGCCGGUAGCUCGGAAGAGGAGGCGGGCGGCAACGAUAAAUUCGACUUGGGAAAGCCUCCCCAUUUCCCCGUCAGUAUGUGGGAUUUGAACCACUGCGAUCCGAAGAAGUGCUCCGGGCGGAAGCUGGCCCGGCAUGGGUUGAUCGAUAAUCUGCGACUGGGACAAAAAUUCCCCGGACUGGUAUUGACUCCCGUUGGAGUGAACUGCGUCAGCCCGCUAGACAGAGACAUCAUCGAAAAAUCCGGGAUCGCUGUCGUCGAUUGCUCGUGGGCUCGGCUUGAAGAGACCCCGUUCAACAAGAUGAAGUCGCCCCAUCCAAGAUUGCUGCCGUUUCUGGUUGCAGCUAAUCCAAUCAACUAUGGUAAGCCAUGUAAGCUAUCAUGCGUGGAAGCGAUAGCCGCCUCGAUGUACAUUACCGGGUUCAAGGAUGAAGCUCUUUGGUAUCUAAACAAAUUCUCUUGGGGUCACUCGUUCGUCGAGCUAAAUCAAGAGCUACUGGAUUCGUAUGCAGCUUGUGCCAACAGCAAAGAGAUUCUGGAAGCUCAAAACAAAUACCUGGCGGAGGCUGAAGCAGAGCAAAAGAAUAGAAAGUACGAGCUGGAUCUGCCCCCGAGCGAAAGCGAGGCAGAUGAUGAAGAUGAUGAUGCUGAAGAAGGGAAGUGAUGUUAGCAAUUUAUUGUGAUAAAAUGGUAAAUUAGCGUAUGAAAUGUGUUUGUAUUUAUGUGAUA